AUGACAAAGGAGGAUGCGGCCCGCAUCCAGUCGACUCAGGCGCGCGAGGGCCACGACGUCGGAAAGGGCAGCUUCCCCGCGCGCGCACAGUCCGCGGCUGAUCGUCACGAGGCUGAGCAUAUGCAGGAGAAUGCAGCUGCUGGUGGCGGCGGCAGUGGUGGUCGCCACCACGAGAUGACAAAGGAGGAUGCGGCCCGCAUCCAGUCGACUCAGGCGCGCGAGGGCCACGACGUCGGAAAGGGUAGCUUCCCCGCGCGCGCACAGGCCGCGGCUGAUCGUCACGAGGCUGAGCAUCACCGGUGGUGUGGGAUAAAAAUGUGUAGAUCACACUCAGGACUGCUGCAGGUGUUGGCGGUUGAGUUGGCGAGGCAUCACGGAAGUAGUUUCAAACCGUUCGGGGGGUACGGCGUCAGCUCUGGUAGUCAAUCGCAGAAGCACUUGAGCCUUCGGCUUGUAUUGGGCGGUUGGCAGUUGUAUGAUAUUCAGCGGGAGAUCAUUCAUGCAGCAAAGCUCUACGCGCUCCUUAAUAUUGAGCCAGAAGACUGUCUCGAGCUUAUUGAACCAAGCAAUGUAUAUCUAAUUUAG